GUAAAUGAUUAAUUAUGAUAAAGAAACUGAAUUGCCAUAAUUUUUAAAAAUUGUAAUGAAAAACAAAAAUAAAAAUUAAAAAUUACUAAAAAACAAAUAAUUCUAUGGCAUCCUUAUAAGGGAACAAUUAUCUAAGUUGCGCAGUUGAAAACUUUACCAUAAUAAAGAAAAAUAUUACCGCACAUUUAUGGAUUACCACAUCCGCUUCACGUUUAUAAGUUCCUGCAUCCGCAUUACGUUUCUUGCAUCUGCGACACAUUUCCACCUUUCCUGCAUCCACUUCACGUUCACAAACUGGCGCACUUGCAUCACGUUUAAAUAUUCCUGCAGCAUCUGCAUCUCCUUUCCACUUAUAUACUCUUGUUCUACUUUCAUCUUUAUCACUUUAAAAUACAGGAGAAGUGAUAGAAGCACGAAAAAUUUGCUGUAGAAAUAAAAGUAAAAGAGAGUUAGCUUUUGCUAAGUACUCUACUUCAGAAUUUCAUCCCACCAUCUGGUAGGGUGACGUGAGGCAGUAUCCUUCUAAAGUAUCAGGU